AUGACGCUCGCAUCGAGGUAUUUCGUGGCUUUGACAGAUUUCUUAACCUGAAUAGUCGUGAGCUUUAACGAUUAAAUAUUUCGAUUUGCGGGGCAGAGCGAGCUUUUCUCGGCCAGAAUGCCAGAUUUAUUCGACCAAAGAUGCGUUGAAUGAGCCUAAUUUCAUCGAUUUUUGAGGUGACGUGGCUAAACUGAAUAAUUAUAUACAUAUAUACAUAAACUAUAAAUAAAUGCAUAAAGCAAGACCGAUAAGAUUAAUACUUAGAAAAAAUUACAGUAUGAUUCGUCAUCAACAAGACAUGAGCAGUUGUGAAGCAUUGAUUAGGCCUAUAGAGAGUUCAAUUAGGGAAAAGUUGGAAGCUGCACUAAAACCCCUUCACUGCGAAGUUAUUAAUGAAUCCUAUAUGCAUAAUGUUCCUAAAAACUCUGAGACGCAUUUUAAGGUAGUGGUUGUAGCAGAAACAUUUGAUAAGCAGCCGUUAAUCAAGCGACACCGAAUGAUAAACCAGUUAUUGCAAGCAGAACUGCAAAGAGGUGUACAUGCUCUAUCAAUUAUAGCGAAAACACCAGAGCAAUGGGAAGCAAGCAAUAAAAUAGUGGCUGCGAGUCCUGCUUGCAGGGGCGGUUUUGGAAAGUUAAAUGUAAUGAUUUAAUGAUUAAUUAUAAGUAUUAAGGUAAUAAUUUAAGUUGCGAAAA